GGAAGUGCCGCGGCCGGGCAGAGGGGGAGGGGAACGAUCGCGUCCGGCCGCGGCGGCCGGGAUGGAGCACCGCAGGAUGAACCUGCCUCACGGCCCCGACAACCUCUGCUUUGACAAAGACGAGUUCAUGAAGCCAGACUUCGAUGUCGAUCGCUUUGUGUCCGACUGCAGGAAACGUGUCCAGCUGGAAGAGCUCAGAGAUGACCUGGAACUCUAUUAUAAACUCCUAAAAACUGCUAUGGUAGAGCUCAUAAACAAGGACUAUGCAGACUUUGUUAAUCUUUCAACAAAUCUGGUGGGCAUGGAUAAAGCCCUUAACCAGCUUUCAGUGCCAUUGGGACAGUUACGAGAAGAGGUCAUGAGUCUUAGAUCAUGUGUCAGUGAAGGAAUUCAAGCAGUAGACGAGCAUAUGUCUAAACAAGAGGACAUUAGAAGAAAAAAGAUGUGUGUCUUGAGACUUAUCCAUGUUAUUCAGUCAGUUGAGAAGAUAGAGAAGAUUCUGCAUUCCCAAAAUUCAAAAGAAUUGUCUUCACUAGAGGCAAACAGCCCCCUUCUGACUGGACAGGUUUUAGAGAGGAUUGCCACAGAAUUUAACCAGUUACAGUUCCAUGCAGUACAAAGCAAAGGAAUGCCUCUUUUGGACAAAGUGAGACCACGUAUAGCUGGAAUAACAGCCAUGUUGCAGCAGUCUUUGGAAGGGUUGCUCUUAGAAGGCCUUCAGACUUCAGAUGUCGACAUAAUACGACAUUGCUUACGGACGUAUGCAACAAUUGACAAAACACGAGAUGCAGAGGCUUUAGUUGGUCAGGUGCUUGUAAAACCAUAUGUAGAUGAGGUGAUCGUGGAACAGUAUGUUCAAUCUCAUCCUAAUGGCCUUCAGACCAUGUACAAUAAGCUGCUGGAGUUUGUUCCUCAUCAUUGCCGUCUCCUGCGUGAAGUAACAGGGGGAGCUAUUUCAAGUGAAAAAGCAAAUACUGUUCCCGGAUAUGACUUUUUAGUGAAUUCAGUGUGGCCGGAAAUAGUACGUGGUUUAGAAGAAAAGUUGCCAACGCUUUUUAACCCUGGAAAUCCAGAAGUGUUUCAUGAGAAAUACACCACAAGCAUGGAUUUUGUGCGGAAAUUUGAACGACAGUGCGGCUCGCAGGCCAGUGUGAAAAGGUUGAGAUCUCACCCUACCUACCAUAGCUUUAACAAUAAGUGGAAUCUGCCCGUUUAUUUCCAAAUAAGGUUUAGAGAAAUAGCAGGGGCCUUAGAAGCAGCACUUUCUGAUAGCUUAGAAGAAGCACCAGCUGAAAGUUCAUACUGUCUGUUAGCCACUCACAUGGUGUGGGUGAGUCUUUUGAAGUGUUGGUCAGAUCAGAUUUUUCUACCAUUACUAACACACCGUUUGUGGAAACUUACCCUGCAAAUCUUAGCACGCUACUCUGUGUUCAUUAAUGAGCUUUUGCUCAGGCCUAUCUCUAAUGAAAGUACAAAGGACAACAAAAAAUCUGUGGCAACCAUUAGCAAGGAAUCUGCUGUAAACCUGAACUCAAGUGAGGAUCAGGGAAGUGUCCCUUCUCCAGAAACACAGCCGUUACCUUCUAUAUCCAAUAUUCAGCUGGUGUAUGUAGCUGCAGAUCUGGAGAAACUUCCAGAGCAGCUUCCUGAACUCUUAGAAAUAAUCAAACCAAAACUUGAAAUGAUUGGCUUCAAGAAUCUAUCCUGUAUCACAGGAGCCUUAGAAGACUCGAAGGCUUCUUUAUCAGCCUGCACGCCCACUUUGAAUGAUAGGAUUAUUCAGGAUUUAAGUGAGAACUGUUUCAGUUACCUGAAAAGUGCCUUAGAAGUUCCAAGGCUCUACAGGAGAACCAAUAAGGAGGUACCAACUAAAGCUUCACCGUACGUAGACAGUGCUCUGAAACCUUUUUAUCGGCUGCAGAGUGAGUACAAAGAUAUAUUGAAACAGCCCAUGGUUCGUCAGUGGUUGGAAGGUGCCCUCUCUGAAAGUACACAGAAGUAUUAUGAAACUGUAUCAGAUGUUUUGAGCUCUGUAAAGAAAAUGGAAGAGAGCUUGAAAAGGCUAAAACAGGCCAGAAAAACUGUAACUUCAAACAGUGUUGGUUCAAAUGGGGGCAUGAGCGAUGAUAACAAAAUCAGACUACAGUUAGCCCUGGAUGUUGAGUACUUUGGGGACCAGAUGCAAAAGAUGGGAUUGCAGACGAGUGACAUAAAAAGUUUUUCAGCUCUCACAGAGCUUGUUCAAGCUGCCAAGGAUCAGGCUGCUGUGGAAUAGCCUUAAAUAUUUUGGAAAACAUAUGAAGAGGAACCAUGUCUCCAAAAGACGGGAGAAUUGUUUUACUGUUCUCUCUCAAAUGCUAUAUAGCAACAAAGUGCUUCCUGACGUAUCUCCUGCAACAAGUCAAUGCACCUUUUGUCAAGAUACAGACUUGUUUGACCAAAAACACCACCUAAGAGAGCAUAUACCAGUCCUUCCAUUGUAUGGAAGAUGAUUUGAAGAGUUCUAAAUGUUUUAUUGUAGAAUAAAAACAAAGAAAAUGUCUUUAUUUUUAUUAUAAAUCUUACAAUAUGGAAGAAUUGAUUUAACAUGAUUAAAAUAAAUAUGUAAUGAA